AUGUGUAGGUCACUGCGUUACUGUGUUAGUCAUUGUCUCUAUGCAGCAAUGACAAGGCUGGAAGAAGCAAACAGAGAAGUGAACAUGCACUCAUCCGUCAGAUACCUUGGCUAUCUUGCCAGAAUCAACCUACUGGUUGCCAUUUGCAUGGGCCUUUAUGUCAGGUGGGAAAAAACUGCGGAUGCACUGAUUUUGGUAAUAUUUAUUCUGGGGCUCUUUGUUCUUGGAAUUGCCAGCAUACUGUACUACUAUUUUUCAAUGGAAACGGCAAGUUUGAGUCUCUCCAAUCUUUGGUUUGGUUUUUUGCUUGGCCUUCUCUGUUUUCUUAAUAAUUCUGCCUUCAAAACGGACGUGAAAGAAGAAGCUACUAAAUAUUUGCUCCUCUCUGCCAUUGUUCUAAGGAUAUUAUGUGCUUUGGUUGAGAGGAUUUGUGGUUGCGUCCAUCAUCGCCCGACCUUGCUGACAACAGUUGAAUUUUUGGAGCUAGUUGGAUUCGCAAUUGCCAGCACAACUAUGCUGGUAGAAAAAUCUAUGAGUAUUAUUCUGUUGGUCAUGGCUUUGGCCAUGUUGAUUAUCGACUUACGUAUGAAGUCUUUUUUGGCAAUUCCAAAUUUGGCAAUUUUUGGAGCCAUUGCAUCUUUACUCUUUUUUCCAUCGCUGCAGAUCCCCACAAACCCAUUCGCCUUGGCAUGUUUCUUCAGCUGCCUGAUUACAGAUCCCCUUCUCGACGUUUACUUCAGUGGACUUUCAGUUACCGAACGAUGGAAACCCUACUUGUACCGUGGCAAAAUUUGCAGAAGGCUUUCUGUCAUCUCAGUUGGAGUCAUUGAACUAAUCUUUUUCAUUCUUGCAGCCUUUAAACUACGUGAUUUGGAUCUCUGGUAUUUUGUGAUACCUGGGUUUUCUAUUUUUGGAAUUUUCUGGAUGAUCUGCCAUGUGAUUUUUUUUAUAACCCUGUGGGGAUUUCACACCAAACUAAAUGACUGUCACAAGGUGUACUAUACCCACCGCGCAGAAAACAACAGCCUUGACAGAGUUAUGGCAUCUAAAGGAAUGCGUCACUUCUGUUUAAUCUCGGAACAGCUCGUAUUUUUCAGCCUUGUCGCGACCGCUGUUUUGGGAGCCGUUUCUUGGCAGCCAACCAAUGGGAUCUUCAUGAGUGCGUUUCUCAUCGUUUUACCUCUGGAGUCCAUGGCUCACGGGCUUUUCCAUGAGCUGGGAAACUGCCUGGGAGGAACGUGUGUGGGGUACGCUGUGGUCAUUCCCACCAACUUCUGCAGUCCCGAUGGGCAACCAACUCUUCUCCCACCUGAGCACGUACAAGAGUUAAAUCUGAGGUCUACUGGCAUGCUCAACGCCAUCCAAAGAUUUUUUGCAUAUCACAUGAUUGAGACCUAUGGUUGUGAUUACUCUACGAGCGGGCUGACCUUUGAUACCCUCCACUCCAAAAUCAAGUCUUUUCUUGAACUUCGGACGGCAGAUGGACCCAGACAUGAUACCUACAUUUUGUACUACAGUGGGCACUCACACGGCACUGGUGAAUGGGCGCUGGCAGGAGGUGAUGCCUUACGACUUGACACACUUCUGGAGUGGUGGAGAGAAAAGAACGGCACUUUUUGUUCCCGACUCAUCAUCGUUUUAGACUGUGAGAACUCUCAGCCUUGGGUUAAAGAAGUAAGAAAAGUGAAUGACCAGUAUGUUGCCGUGCAAGGAGCAGAGAUGGCCAGAGUUGUAGACAUCGAGGAAGCAGACCCUCCACAGCUCGGGGACUUCACCAGGCAGUGGGUUGAGUACAACUGUAACCCCGAUAGCACCAUCAGCUGGUCGGAGAAGGGCCGCACGGUGAAGGCGAUGUACGGGGUGUCCAAACGCUGGAGCGACUACACUUUGCAUCUGCCCACGGGCAGCGAUGUUGCCAAGCACUGGAUGAUGUACUUCCCACGUAUCACCUACCCCUUAGUACAUUUGGCCAACUGGUUUUGUGGUCUCAAUCUUUUCUGGGUCUGUAAAGCCUGCUUUAGGUGCUUGAAAAGACUGAAAAUGAGUUGGUUUCUUCCCACAGUGCUGGACACGGGACAGGGUUUCAAACUCGUCAAAUCCUAAUUAGGAACCAAAGAGGAAAUUAAGUGAGAGCUUUGGGAACUUUCUCACUUUGCUGUAAUUGCAACUUUUUAUAUGACUAUUUUUCUCUGAAAAAGUCUGCUACACUCACUUUAUUCAGCUCUUUGAGCAGCUACGGUAUAUGCAACAGUUAGAAAAUGCAAUCUUAAACAGAAGAGGGUAGGACUGUGAUAUUUGAGUUUUGUAACUGGUCUGUAUGUACCUGUGUAAGAGACAUAUUUAAUAUGACCGUGCAUUUUGGAGACAGUUCAUAUGUUCACAUGCGUUCCUUAAAGCAGCCUUUGUUCAGAGUCAGCAGUUUGAUGGACAGCAGCUCCUGGGAAUGUUACAGUCUGCUUAUUUGCCAUUUCUAUCCACUGUAAGGUUCAAAUACAGGCAAGGAACCAAGCUAAUACUCAAAUCAACGUGUAUAUCCUUGAAAUUAUAUGGUGGGGUCAAGGGUAUGAUAAAACAGCACUGAGCCAAAAAUAAAUAAAUAAAUAAAAAAGAUGAGUGAAUAGCCAAUUGUAGGUAAGUAGCUACCAGGAAUCUUUAGUUUUAUUUGCUUUUACAUCUUCAGCCCCUGCUUCAGUUCUCUACUGCCAUGAGUGGAAAUUUGCCACAGAAAACAAGGAAAUCAGACAAAUGUUUAAUGUUCUGAUGCUGCUUGCACAAUGUUUUCUGAAGUGCAGUUUUAAAAACUUUCAGUGUUACUUUCAAAAUUCAGUAUCUUGCUGGUGAUCUUUUCUCUUUUUUUGUAAAUAUUGCCAGUAGUUCGUUCAUAUAUAGAAUUAAAAGUGCACUGAGAGUUUUUCCCUCACCUGUUAGGGUGGUUCUGUCUUUUCCAGGUGUUUACUAGUUUCUAUUUCUUCAGCUACCCUGAAGAAAAAAAUAAAAAACAAACCCCAAGGAAUUUAACAAAGAAAAAAAUCCAUACAUAAAAGAUGGAAAUAGAAGUGUUGCCUUGUUUCCAUGUUUAUCUGAAGUUUUUGCUGUGCCUAAGACCUUGAUUCUGUAAAAUGCUGAGUACAGGAUCAGAGCGCUGUGUUCAUGAUCUCUUAAAAUCACAAACAUGCCAGAAAGAGCAGAUUAUUCCCUUAGGACAGGAGUGAAUCCUGAGAAUUCCUCAGUUCUGUUCUCCCAGCCCCAAGGUUCCAAUCUUAAUCCUUCCACUUACAAAGCUGGAUGAGACUCUAGAAAUCCUGCCCCUGUCUUUCCUCUUCAGUCAUAGAAACUGCAUCUCUUUCUGGUCUUGUUUUCUUAAGUGCAGAAAAUAAGGAGUGAAACAACUAAUCGACUAAGUUAAAUUUGUAGUGGAUUUUUUUUGCAUAUGUGUGUGCAAUCCAGUAGACCUAGAGUUUACUUUUUUCUGUUUCCAUCAGUAUUUUAAUAAAAAUGUUAGGUGUUAGCUGAUAUUUGUCUAAAAUAUAACUUAUUAAUUUUUUUAUUUAAAGAACUGAAACGACUUUAGGAGCUCUUUAAGUCUUUGCCAUCAAGGUUUUUUCUAAUUCCAUUUGAACUUGUUAGCCAGGUAAGUUAGAGAGUGCUAACGCUGAUACCCAUUAGUAACUCCUGAAAAUAAAAUGUGUUAUUAAAUUAUGAGAUCUGCAAUACCCAAAGUAAUUUGCGCCCACCAACUUCAAAAUGGGGACUUUGUAGGAUUUACAAGUGACAGCUACUAAGUUUCUUCAUUAGUGUAUAUUACACAACUUUGUUUUUCUCUAUCCCCUUUCAGAAAAUGAAAAGAGGGUAAAGAAAUGAGAGAUAAGAUGAGGUAUCCUACCACAACUCAGGUCCAUGGGGUCUGUCGAAGUAGAUGCUGUGACUGCAGCUCUGUCGGAUUCGAGAGGUGGCUCUUCUCAGUAAGGACAGAGGGUAAUCCCACCAUCUAAUUUCAGGUAUCCAACGUAAGUUCCUUAAGGAGUCAUCUCAUUUAAAUUCAGAUAUCUGAAAGCUGGACAUCUGAGUCCAUACUAGUGACCUGAACUGCUCCACUGCUCAUUAACAAAGAGCAAUAAAUAUUUUCAGAGGAGGAGUAAUUUGAACUCUAUUUUAGGAUUAAUUUUCCUGUGAUUUGUUUUGGUUUUGCUUUCAUAUGCUAGAGGUCAAGCAAGCAAAUCCUUUAUGUCUGUUGAAUAACCUUAGAGCACUUCUAAGUUGUCCCCUGGAGCCUGGGCUGAGUACAUAAGCUCCUUGUUCAAGCACGUACGUUGGAUACUUGAAGUUAGGCUGAAUGAGCAUCUGUCAGCUUGUAGAAAAGCAGCAGUCUCCUCUGCAGAAGUCAUUUUCAGCCAUUUCUGGUCAACAACCCUUGAGUAUAGAGAAAAAAAGAUUGCAUAAAGGCAAUCAUUUGGUUUUUAAAAUCACCGUUAUUUUGACUGCUAUUUCAGUAAAAGUUCAUCUGAUCGGAUCAUAAACUGUUCCAGCUUGGGCACUGGAAAUUUUCUACAAAGUCCCCAUAAAGCAACACUGUAAUACCCAGUAGUCACCCUGUGAACAUUUGGAAGUUAAGAAGUUAGUCCUUUCUGUUUUGGAAAAGCUUUGAAUAUCAGCCAUAGCACUUCCCGGUAAUGAUAACGGGUAAAUGUUACUCUGUACCCAUUACUGUUAACAUUGUUAGGGACAUCAUUGUUAUCUUUCUUUUUGUACAUCAAGGAGAAGAGGAAAAGUGUGGGGGCUCCUGACCUGUCCUGGCAGCGUGAGCCGUGUCCACUCUGCAGUGCAGGGAUGGGCCUGGCUCUGGGCAGGGCAAACCAGUUGGUGCUAAUCUUUUGCCUCUGUUUAUUAAAUAUUUUUCAGCUUACUGAUCAAACUGUUGAAUUUUCUCUAGGAUAGACGGGGUGCUCUUUAGCAGUUUGCUGAAAGUUAGAUAAAGAGUCAGCUAAAAAUACAGCAAAAAAGAUUAUUUGCAAAACUAAUCCCACGUUUGCAGAUCUGUUCCAGUUUUCUCAAUUAAAGCAGUCUAGUUUUCUGAAUUUGGAAUAGUUUUAACAUGAGCUAAGGUAUUCCUGCUUUUGAUUUUAUUGUUUUGUUAAAUGGCAAAGGCGUGGUGAAAAUGCUGAUUUAAACUAAAAGAAAUGUUUACAGCCAUUCAAAACUGUGAGGCCUUUUUGGACAAAGAAACUGUCUUGUGUGUUUCAAAACACUAUAAAACCCCGGGUGUGGGAUGGUGAGCCUCAGGAAUUCAGCAGUAUUCAUACCCUGCUUCUACACCGCUCCAUGGCACAGUGUCCUGACCUCACCCCUCUUCCCAGGUGGAGUUUUUCUCUGGCUCCUGGGGCUCCCACACCCUCAGCCCCAGGUGUGUGCCCGAGGGACAGCACACCAGGAGCUCCUCAUCCCAGAGAGGAGGGAGGAGUUACCCUCUGCUCUUCCCUGAAAGAGGAACGUAAAUCCAAUUCCAAAGAAUGUUACAUAUGCUAUCAGUUAAGUACAAGUUGUUUUUAUUAGCGGUAACAUGCCUGAGAAUUGUCUGGAUGGAGAAUAUCUAAACUUUUCUUUUUUUCCGAGGCUUGUCUCUAUGCUGUAUAUUCAGACAUUUUGUUAUAAAGGUUGUUAUAAAUUUAUAUCACGGCAGGAAUUUUAUGUUGACUUUGUUUCAUUUACCUCCUGUAUAAUAUCAGCCUUGCUGAAACAUGCGAAUGCACUAAGUUGUACAAAUUUAAGUCUUUAAAAAGAAUUCGAAUUGCAAAUUCACAGUAGUAUUUUUCUCUGAACAAGUAUUGGGGGAAAAAAGCCAUUCUUCCUCAUUUUUGCACUACCAGAGUUGAGUAUUUGCAGCUCCUUAUGCUUUGUAUGCCUUGGGAAUGUUGUUGCCCAGCCUUCAAGUUUUUCCCGGAAAGAAUUUCUUCACCUUUAUUAAGUUUUCCCUUUACUUUACAAAGGCAUAAUUAAUGCUACGCUGGCUGUAAAGCGGCUCUGUUGCCAGCAGUAGACGGUGUAACUGGGUUAAAUUUCUUGUGUAUAAAUACUUUUUUGUGGGAGGAUUUUUACCAGACAUACCGAUUUUAGAUCUGUAAAUAGAUUUUUUGUGUGUGUGUAUUUGUGAUAUUGCUUAAAUAUAUUUUGCUGGUUUGGAUGCUAAUUUCCAUUUCA